AUUGGCACGGUAUUUUUCAGCAUCAGUCCAAUUGGGCCUGACGGAACCGCAUGGAUUACCCAGUGCCCCAUCCAACCCAACGGAAGCUUCUUACACAGGUUCACUGUACCGGACCAAGCUGGGACGUACUGGUAUCACUCGCACGUGCCGACUCAAUACUGCGAUGGAUUAAGGGGACCGCUGGUUAUCUAUGAUCCAGACGAUCCCCUUGCUGAUAUGUAUGACGUCGAUGAUGAAUCGACCCGUUAUCGUGCUUUCUGAUUGGUUUGUCCUUGACACUUUGUAAUGUUUGCCUUGAUUCAUACCGUCUUGCAUAGGUACCACGAGCCCUCUCCUUUGUUGUACAAUAGUCCCCCCUUUACGCCGGAUUCCUCAUUGAUCAACGGACUCGGACGUUAUCCAGGUGGUCCCGCUUCACCACUCGCCGUUUUUAAUGUCACACAGGGGCAAAGGUAUCGGUUCCGGAUCAUCGGGGCAUCUUGCGAUGCAUGGUUUAACUUCACGAUUGACGGCCAUGAUAUGACGAUUAUUGAAGCAGACGGCAACGAAGUGGAACCAGUGGUCGUUGACUCACUUGCAGUUUAUGCUGGCCAGCGCUACUCGGUUGUCGUUACUGCUGAUCAACCCGUGGACAACUACUGGAUCCGAUUUGUGUCCGAUUUCCCUAAUCAGACUUUUGACGGAGGGCUAAACUCAGCCAUUCUGAGGUAUAAUGGCGCACUCAUUCAGGACCCCACGACGGAUCCAGGGCCAUAUGUUCUGCCGUUUGAUGAAAGUGCCCUUCAUCCUCUUCAAGGCAGUGGUGUGCCCGGUAUCCCUGGGCAAGGUAACGCGGACGUCAAUAUUAACCUCAUCACUGGUCUCAACGCUGCGGGACUUUUCACUGUCGAUGGCGUCAGCUUCGUUGACCCUCCACUUCCCGUACUCCUUCAAAUUCUUAGCGGCGCUCAGAAUGCUUCACAACUGCUUCCCAACGGGAGUGUCUAUGAGUUACCAGCCAACAAGACGAUCGAAAUUAGCAUUCCAGCAACUGAUCUCAACCCGGGGGGUGCACUGGGUGGUCCGCACCCUAUGCACCUCCAUGGGCACGCAUUUGAUGUCGUCCGUGUUGCGGGCAAUAGCACAUACAACUACAUAAAUCCGGUGAGGAGGGAUACAGUCUCGAUUGGCAGCCAAGCACAGAACGACAAUGUAACAAUUCGCUUCUCCACCAAUAAUCCUGGCCCUUGGUUUUUCCAUUGUCACAUUGAUUGGCACCUUCACAGUGGAUUUGCUGUUGUCAUGGCGGAAGCCCUCUCGGCAACCAAAGCUCAAGAGAGUAAAGCCACUCCAGAGUAUUGGUAUCAACUGUGCUCCUCACAAGGCGUCGUAGCUUAAGUAUAUAUCAUUAUUCUUUUCAGUAGUACUAGCGCGCAUUACACCACUCAGAUGCUGUCCGUGCUGUUACGAUAUGCCGGGUUAUCGUAAUUUUGCUCUUGAUUUACUGUCGGACAUUUCUCGUUGCUGCCCUCGCGCCCGCAGAUAUCCUGUGAGUACGGGAAGUGAAUACGGGAGGUUCAAUGACUGCGUUCCAU